GGGCUCUCAGCCUUUGUGGUAUUUACGUCUGCUGUAUAGCAUCAGUUGACCCCGUCCGAGGUUGCCUCUUCACACAUAUCGAUCUGGGCUCCCGCUACCUGCAAGCUGUCUAUCCGCGAUGGGAGAUGAUGUUGGAGAGCGCGGGCUCCCGACACAUCCUGAUCAGCUUCGAUCUCGGGACGGAGGUUUACCACGAUGUCUUUGAGGACAUACACACCAGCCUGGGGCCUUCCUGGGAUUACGGGCUCAAGGCUGGAGCCUGGCGCUGCCUCGCGACGCUGCAUGAGGAAGUAACUGUCAGUAGGAGGCUCCGCUUUACGUCCCUUACACCCUCGAGGUUGAGCGCUGAGAACGCAAGAGUGCGGGCCGUCGUCGUUCCAUACGAACGUGUGGAGGAUCCCAUCGCAUGUACUUCCUUCGUCGCCGCACCCUUCUAGUUAUCAUUGAGAAGUCCUCUAGCCCCCGCAAUUACGAG